AUGGCGCCGCCAGGGCUCCACCUGGCCCCCACCAGGCUGAUUGAUUCCUCCUGCUCCUUCAAGAAGACUCUGCGGUGCAGCUGUUCCUUCUGGGGGACCCCCACGCCCUCCGUGCAGUGGCGGGUGGGGGACGCUCCCGUGGUCAUGAACCGCACAGGCCUUCGGGUGACUUCUGCCACGCUUGGCCCCUGGGCCAACAGCACCAUCCAUCUGACCGAGCCGCCUGAAACAGGCAUGAGCCUGCUCUGUGAGGGCAGGAACCCAGAGGGAACCCACAUCCUGACCAUCCUGCUGAAGUCAGGAAGGAGUUCUUUGGUCGCCCAGACUUUCAUGAAAGGGCUGGUUCGGGGUGUGUUCUACGGAGCCAUCGGAGUUACACUGCUCUUCCUCUGCCUCAUCCCACUCAUACGGCUCCAGCAACUCCUCCCCUCCCCUCUUGUGCUGCGCUUCACCCUGAAACCCAAGGACUGCCGCGCCACCCUCGGGUGCCGUCUGAACUUCCCCUCGGCUCACCUGCCCGGAAGUAGCAUGGUCAGGCUCCAGGUGGCCUCCCCAGCCAGGCUGCUCUACUUUUCCUGUUCCUGGAAGAAGACUCUGCAGUGCAGCUGCUCCUUCCAUGGGGUCCCCACGCCCUCCGUGCAAUGGCUGAUGGGAGGUGAGCCUGUGGAUCUGAACAUCAUGAACGAGAACUUCCAGGUGACUUCCAACAUAGCUGCCCCUUGGGUCAACAGCACCAUCAGCCUCCCCGGGGAGCCAGAAAUAGUCAUGGGCCUCCGCUGUGAAGGGAGGAACCAAUACGGAAUCCAUACCUCAAGCAUCUUCCUGAUACCCCCAGAUAAGAAUUCACUUCCUAAUGUGCUGGCGAAAGGGCUGAUCCAGGGCGUUGUGUAUGGAUCCAUUGCAACAGCGCUAUUCUUCUUCUUCCUUGUCCUCCUUGCGCCUCGCGCGCCCCGGACCGGCCCCCCCUUUCCCCUCCCCCUUCGCGCCGCCGCUGCCGCGAUGCCCCCCCCUGCGCCCGGGGCCCGGCUCCGGCUUCUCGCCGCCGCCGCCCUGGCCGGCCUGGCCGUCAUCAGCCGAGGGCUACUGUCUCAGAGCCUGGAGUUCGGCUCUCCUGCCGACAACUACACGGUGUGUGAAGGCGACAACGCCACGCUCAGCUGCUUCAUUGACGAGCAUGUGACCCGAGUGGCCUGGCUGAACCGCUCGAACAUCCUGUACGCGGGCAACGACCGCUGGACCAGUGACCCAAGGGUGCGGCUGCUCACCAACACGCCCGAGGAGUUCUCCAUCCUCAUCACCCAGGUGGGGCUGGGCGACGAGGGCCUCUACACCUGCUCCUUCCAGACCCGCCACCAGCCGUACACCACUCAGGUCUACCUCAUCGUCCACGUCCCUGCCCGCAUCGUGAAUAUCUCUUCGCCUGUGACAGUGAAUGAGGGGAGCAACGUGAACCUGCUUUGCCUGGCUGUGGGGCGGCCAGAGCCCACGGUCACCUGGAGGCAGCUCCGAGACGGCUUCACCUCCGAAGGCGAGAUCCUGGAGAUUUCUGACAUCCAGCGGGGCCAGGCCGGGGAAUACGAGUGCGUGACUCACAACGGGGUUAACUCUGCACCGGACAGCCGCCGCGUGCUGGUCACAGUCAACUAUCCUCCGACCAUCACCGACGUGACCAGCGCCCGCACGGCUGUGGGCCGGGCAGCCCUCCUGCGCUGCGAAGCCAUGGCGGUGCCCCCCGCGGAUUUCCAGUGGUACAAGGAUGACAGACUGCUGAGCAGUGGCACGGCCGAGGGCCUGAAGGUGCAGACGGAGCGCACCCGCUCGAUGCUUCUCUUCGCCAACGUGAGCGCCCGGCAUUACGGCAACUACACGUGCCGCGCAGCCAACCGGCUGGGAACGUCCAGCGCCUCCAUGCGGCUCCUACGCCCAGGAUCCCUGGAAAACUCGGCCCCGAGGCCCCCAGGGCCCCUGACCCUCCUCUCCGCCCUGGGCUGGCUGUGGUGGAGGAUGUAG